AUGCUUGAAGGAGUCCUUCUCUAUAUUUUCCGUGGCCUGGAGGAGCGCUGCAAGGAUGAGAUUGCCCUCGUCAGGACUGUCUAUCCAUCCGAACCUUUCGCGCUUCCGGAGGCCGGCAAGGAGGUGCGCAUGACCUUUGCGGAGGGGCAGAAGCUGCUGCGAGAGGAGGGACCCGAAGAGUACCGCAAUGUGUCCGAUGACGAGGAUAUGAGCACGGCACAGGAGAAGGCACUUGGUGCUCUGAUCCGCAAGAAGUUCGGCACCGACUUCUACGUCCUUGACAAAUUCCCCUCUGACGCGAGACCAUUCUACGCCAAGGAGGACCCUGAGAACCCGAACGUGACCAACGCGUACGAUUUCUUUAUGCGUGGCCAGGAGAUCUUAUCCGGUGGCCAACGUAUCAACAUGCCAACUGAGCUAGAGGCCAGGAUGAGGAAGAAGGGGGUCGAUCCCAACGCUCAGGGGCUGAAGCAGUAUGUUGAUGUUUUCAGGCAGGGAGGUUGCCCGCCUCACGGUGGCGGCGGUAUCGGUCUUGACCGUGUCGUCGCCUUCUUCUUGAACUUGCCGAACGUGCAGCUGGCAUCAUACUACCCCAGAACACCCAACAGGCUUACUCCUUAA